AUGCCCCAGGCGCGGCCAGUGUCCCAUGCAGGCUGCACUUGAUCCGACCUUGCACCAGAGCGGCUACGCAGAGAGACAAUCAGGAGAAGAGAGAAGAUGGGGCCAGUCGCCUACUUCAGCCUCAGCCUCCUCGGCUGCCUGAUCUUUAACCCCUCACUGGAAGGAACUGGGGCCACGUCCUGUCCCGAUGAGUGGAUUCAAUACAAAGACUACUGUUAUGGAUUCUUCUCCGAAAAGAUGACCUGGUCGGAGGCUGAGGUAGAGUGUCAGUAUCAGCACAAAGGGGCCCAUCUCGCCUCCAUUCUCACUGAGGCAGAAGGGAACACGGUGGCCAAAUACAUCAGCAUGUCACACUCCUCCACGGAUAACAUCUGGAUCGGACUGCACGACCCUCGACAGAACAGACACUGGAGGUGGACUGAUGGCUCCCUGUAUAGCUACAGUGCUUGGAACACUGGGGAACCAAACAAUGACUAUGGUGUCGAGUACUGUGUGGAGCUGCAGAGCUACAAGGGUUUUAAGAAGUGGAACGAUAAAGACUGUCAUACGCAAAACGCCUACGUUUGCAAGUAUCAACCCUAGCGAGGGGAGUCGCACGCCUGCGCCUGAAGGGGGAACUCAGCGCCUGGGCUCCUUGGGCAUGAUCAGGCAACGUCCCAGACUUUCUGAUGCCUUUGCUGCAUCGAGGGCCUGUCCCCUCCCUCCCUGAGAAACCAGAUCUCACUUCCCCAGCUGUAAACUCUCUUCCCCAAAGUGUCUCUG